GCGAUGAACACCCGCUUCGAGCUCGUGAGAGAGCAGAGCCAGAGGGCUUUUCAGAAAACGCUCAAGGCGCAGCAGGACAGGCUCGCGCUCUGGCGUCUCAAGACGGACAACUUCAACCAGGUGGGGAUCGACUGCCGCGUCGAGGCCGAGCUCGGCCAGACGCUGCCGCGCGUCAGCCACCUCGGCUGUCAGCACAAGACGGCCUGGUUCGACACCUCGGACGGCGACGAGCAACAGGAGGACAACCCGAAGGAGGUGGAAGAGCAGGACCUGCCCCCGCUGCCGCCCUUCCCUGUGCUCUCGGCCGUCGACGACAACGGCGUCUGUGGCGAGGAGCGGACGGAGGAGGAGGAGGAGCUGUCCAAGGAGGACUGCCUGGACGAGAUCCGCACCGACGGGGUCGACGGCAUCGUGAGUGUGUCUGUGGCUUUCCAUCGGGUCGAGGACAUCUACCUCGCCUUCGGGGAGUUCUCGGAGACAUGA